AUGGGGAAAUUAGGACACAGACAUCCACACAAGGGGAAUGCCAUGCUACAUGAAUGCAGAGAUGAGGGUGAUGCAUCAGCAAGCCCAGGAACACCAAAGAUUGCCAGCAAACACCAGAAUCUAGGAACAGAUCCUCCCUCGUGGCCUCAGAACGAACCAGCCCUGCUGGCAUCGUGGCCUCAGACUUCAGCCUCCCAAACUGGGGCAGAAGAAAUAAACGUUCUGUGGUUUAAGCCCUGUCACGUCUGGUACUUUGAUACGGCAGCCCCAGCCGACCAAAACAGCCAACUGAAUUUUAAAUGUUCCUUUCAUUCCAGCUCAUGA